GAGUGAGCUGUUGUUGUGAGUCAUGGCAGCCCGAUGUAUUCCUAAUAAUAUACUUACUUGCGUUGGUAGAGUUAAUGUGGUUUAUAUACUACAUGAUUGAUAUCCAUGAUCAUUAUCAUCUAAAGUCGUUUGUUGGUUUUGUGAACUUUAAAUUAGACCAAAAUUAUCUAGACCGUAUUUAUGUCAUACAACUUCACUGUUUAUAAAUAUUGUGAAUAGGUACAAUACAAAAAGGAGGUGCACUUACGAGUUACGAAGUUACGAACCGUUAUAGAUAAACCAAGAUGAAUAGAGACAACAACAGAGACAGAGACAGAGACGAAAACGGAAACGGAAACGGUAAUGGUGGGAACCAAAAUGGCGGUUGGACUUGGUGGCAAGCCGGAGCUACAGCAGCCGGCGUCGGCGCGCUCGCUUCUCUAGGGUACUUGCUUAUCAGAGGCAGCUCUAGUUCUGAAGAACCCAGUCCAGCCCACCCGCCGCCGCAGCGAGACGCGAGCGAACGAAGAGGAUUUCUAUCCAAUUUGGCAGAUACACUUGAAGCGGCAACCAAUACAAAUAAAAUGGACUGCGUUGUGUCCCGGGCGAAUGUCCCGUCGUGGCCGAACAUCAACAACCUCAACGCGCUGCUCGCCGACAUCCACGUGCGGCACAUCGCGCUGAAGAGGGAAGACUUCCAGCGCCACUACCGCGUGUUCAUGGGGGUGUUCGCUCAACUGCAGCAAUGCAUGAAAGAGGUCGACAAGUACUACGAGCGCUAUGCUAGCAAUGUACAAUUCGCCGGUAGCCACUACGACCGCCUCCGUAUAAAGAAGCCGGACGAGUUCGACAUGGACAUCGUCAUCGGCGUGCCGGUCAACAUGCGAAGGGACCCCUCCGACCCGCUGGAGAGCGACAUCGUCAUCGAGCAGAAGUCGCCCGGCUUCGUUCAGCUGCGCGCCGGCACGCAGUACCAGAACAUACUGAUCCGCGACGGCAUCGACUGCGUCAUCAACAAGACGGCCUACGGCUGGCUGGACGACAGGAAGUACAUCCUCCGCUCCAAGUUCAUAGACUGGUUCAAGAGCGUCGGGAACAAAGGCCUCAAUAGGUUCCAGCUGAAGGACGGUCAGCGGGUAUGUUACGUCGACAGCACAUGCUACACGAUCCGCACGUCGUCCAGCGGGCCGGCGUGGACGAUCAUCAUCGAAGCGCCCGGCUUCAGGCUGGACGUGGACCUCGUGCCUGCGCUCAAGUUCCCCGAGAACAGGUGGCUGAACGCCAGGAGCUACCGCCCCAUCCCCGUCGACUGCCGCAGAGGGUACUGGAUGGUGGUGCCCAAGCCCAACAAGGCGGGCUCGCCGCAUGACGAGCAGCGCUCCUGGCGCAUCGCUCUGCAGGAACAGGAGAAGCAGCUCCUCAACAAUACGAACAGUUUGCGACAGGUCAUCCGGCUGCUCAAAAAAUUCCGUGACGCCCAGGGCAUGCAGAAGAUAGCCAGCUAUUACAUCAAAACCAUCUUCUUCUGGGAAAUUAUUGAAAAGCAAGGCGAUACCACCUUUUGGCAACGAAAUGACAUAGCUUAUCUAUUCCAACACAUGAUGAAAAAGUUCUAUGAAGCUUUGGAUAGAGGGAGUAUACCAUAUUUUUGGAAUAGGAAUAACAACAUGAUUGAAAAUUUGAACAGUAACCUUAGAAAUGAGUACAAGCGAAAAAUUUUGUCCUUGUUAAACGUUCUUGAUAGUCCGAGAGAAUACAAAUCUGUGGCGAGAUAUUUGUUAGAUUCUAACGAAUAUCUUGAGUACCAACGCUUCAUAAAUUAAGUUUUUAAUAUUGACCUCAAUAUUAAUUAAUUUAUUUUAAACAAGCGGACGCCCGCGACUUCGUCUGCGUGAAACCCUACUACUACCAACCCUACCCCUACCCUACCCUACCCUAACCCUUCCCUACCCCUGCCCUACCACGUGACGGCGAGCGCGAGCUUAAAAAAUGGAGUAUCUUCUACCGUUUUCUCAACAUUUCCCUUCACUGCUCUGCUCCUAUUGAUUGUAGCGUGAUAAAAAGUAUACUAUAACCUGUCCAGAAGUAUGAAAAAUAAUUGUACCAAGUUUUGUUAAUAUCCGUCGAGUAGUUUUUGUUUCUAUGACGAACAUAUCACGCGACGGAAGCUUAACAAAUUUAGUAACUUCUCCCGUUUUCCCAACAUUUCCCUUCACUGCUCUGCACCUAUUGAUCGCAGCGUGAUGAAAAGUAUACUAUAACCUCCCCAGGAGUAUGAAGAAUAAUUGUACCAAGUUUCGUUAAAAUCCGUCGAGUAGUUUUUGUUUCUAUAAAGAACAUACAGACAGACAGACAGACAAAAUUUUUUCUAAUUGCAUUUUUGGCAUCAGUAUCGACCACUAAUCACUCUCUGAUAGUUAUUUUGGAAAUAUAUUUCAUGUACAGAAUUGACCUCUCUACAGAUUUAUUAUAAGUAUAGAUGGGGAUGAUGAAAAUUCAUACAGUUUUAGCUUUCUUACAUUAAAUGUGACAUUUUUUUAAUAAAUGGACUAUAAAUGGAUUUUGUUAUUUGUGCAUAAACACACAAAUAACAAAGAUAUUAGUAAUUUUGUUUGAAAGCACAUACAAAUCUAACGAUCAUUACAUUACCUACGAUGUCAUUAGUUCGUGCCAUUUUGUAUGGGGCGUUUUUCAGGGAUCCGCGGCAGCGCCGCAAAUCUGACCCUUUAAAUCCCUGUAGCUCUGAAAGUAAUGAUCGCAGAUACCUUGUUCCUUUUACAAAAUUGAUUUACUAUUAGCAUACUCUAGAAUUAUAUUCAAUUUAAAAAACUGUCAUCAUCCCUAUUGAUAUUUUUACUCUUUUUACUAAUCUUGUAAGUGUUUAAUUCAUCGAGAGAAGUUUCUAUAUAUUUCCUAAAUAUUAUGCAUAUAAAAAUCAAUGCUGCUUUUCGUUGUAAUUUUAUAACUCAAGAAGGGGUCACCUAUCCAAACCAAAUGUUUAGGCUUUGUUCGGACUAUUUAACAGAUGGUUUAUGUGAAGUUUGCUCAAAAUCGGUCGAGCGGCUCUUCAUUCAUGACAAUUUUUGUAACAAAUUAAUUUAGGGGUAGGGUAGGGGUAGGGUGGGGGUAAGGCUAGUUUAGGGUAGGGAAGACGUGCACAUAAAUGAAAGCGAAGCUUGACCGGGUCCGCUAGUAAUUAAUACUUUUAAGUUUAUUAUCUUACUAGCUGAUGCCGCGCGGCUUCACCCGCGUGGUUCCCGUUCCCGUGGGAAUAUGGGGAUAAUAUAUAGCCUAUAGCCUUCCUCGAUAAAUGGGCUAUCUAACACUGAAAGAAUUUUUCAAAUCGGACCAGUAGUUCCUGAGAUUAGCGCGUUCAAUCAAACAAACAAACAAACAAACAAACUCUUCAGCUUUAUUAUAUUAGAUUAAAUAAGUACAAGUACCUAAGUAAGUUUAUGUUUUGUAUGAAUAAUAAAUAUAUACCUAAUCAUUAAA